ACUGGGCCAAGCCCGUAUGAGUAAUAGGCCGGCUUAGUAUUUUGCCAGACAGAAAAUCAAAAUCCCUAGUCUUAGCUUGAUUGGAAGUUUUGCCUUUGGAACUUUGCAACUUUCUUAAGCAUAUCCAACAAUCCACUGAUCCAAUGUUUGGCUUACGUGGUACAGUCGCAAUCGCUUCCGAUGCGAGUCGUCGACUCCUUCAAUCUGUAUCGUUUCAUGGGAUGGGUGCCCGAUGCCUCAAUAUAAGAGCAGGGAUGGAGAUACCAGACAAUAAGCCCCUCAAGUUUGCGCUUCAGUACAUACAUGGCAUUGGCAGAGGCAGGGCUGCCCAAAUCCUGUCUGAGCUCAACAUGAGCAACAAACUUGCCAUGGACUUGACCAGAAGAGAAGUUGUUGCUUUGGAUGAAGUACUCAGCAAGUACGUCAUUGGAAGGGAUUUGGCGGGUCUUGUUGAUAGAGACAUAAAGAGAAUGAAAGACAUUCAAUGCUACAGAGGGAUAAGACAUGUUGAUAACUUGCCGUGCCGAGGGCAGCGCACCAGCACCAAUGCCAGGACCAGGAAAGGCAGUCAGCGGGUUGCUGUUGCAGCAUCAAAGAAGUUGAAGAAGUAGUCACCAUACUACGGUUUUUUCUUAAAGGAACUCGGUUUGCAUAUAGAAUUCGUCUGCUUUUACAAUUUGUGGGGUUUUGAAGUCAUGAUUGUUGGUGGUUUUACUAAUUGUGUUCAAGCAGAAAGCCUCCUGUUGCUCUUUCUUUUCUACAAUCUUGGUUCUCGAUGUCA